CUCUCUUCUUUUCACCAAAAUUUGAACAAAAAUGGCUUCCCGAUUUUCUCUUUCUUUUAUACUCAUUUUCUCUUUGUAUAGCGGCUUUGCUUCUGCUAAUACUGUUACAUAUCUUGAUGAUCUACUGGAAAAUGGAAACUUUGAGCAAGGGCCAAAACCAUCAAACAUGAAGAAAACAGUGAUCAUUGGUAAAUACUCCUUGCCCAAAUGGGAAAUCAGUGGCAUAGUCGAGUGGGUUUCUGGUGGGCCCCAACCGGGCGGCUUCUACUUCCCAAUCCCUCGUGGGGCCCACGCGGCUCGACUCGGGAAUGAGGCUUCCAUCUCACAGUAUGUGAAGGUGAAGCCAAAUACAAUAUAUUCGCUCACAUUUGGAGCCACUAGGACUUGUGCUCAAGAUGAGGUCCUUACCGUCUCUGCCGCGGGCAUGUCAAGUGAUCUUAACAUUCAGACAUUGUAUAGUGCUGAUGGUGGUGACACUUAUGCUUGGGCUUUCAAAUCAACAACUGAUCUUGUUAAAGUCACAUUUCACAACCCUGGUAUCCAAGAAGAUCCAACAUGUGGACCACUUAUAGACCAUGUUGCAAUCAAGGAAAUGCCUACGGCAACAUAUGCUAAAGGUAACUUGGUGAAAAAUGGUGGAUUUGAACUUGGUCCUCAUGUAUUCAAGAACUUCUCGACAGGGGUGCUCGUCCUUCCUCUGAAACAAGAUAAGUACUCACCAAUCCCCGGAUGGAUGGUUCAGUUCAUGAAACCAGCAAAAUACAUUGACUCGAAGCAUUUCUUAGUGCCUUCAGGAUGUGGAGCUGUUGAAUUGAUAGGAGGAAGGGAAACAGGCAUUGCACAGAUCGUACGGACAAUCCCCAAACAUUUCUACAACCUGACUUUUACCAUUGGCGAUGCACAGAACGAUUGCCAUGGAUCAAUGACAGUUCAAGCAUUCGCUGGCAAGGCCAGUACACAAGUUUCCUUUGUAUCAAAUGGAAAAGGAUGGUCCAAGACGGCAAGCUUCAAGUUCCAAGCAGAUACAACUAGGACAAAAAUAGCUUUCUAUAAUCCAUUCUAUCACACGAAGAUACAUGACUUUGGACACAUGUGUGGACCUGUCAUUGAUGAUGUUAGUCUCGUUCAUAUCCGUAAAUAAACAGAAUGAAGUGAGCAUACUCAGAAAAGGUCAAUUUCAAGACAAGUUUUAAUAGGAAUACAUUUUUUUCUCUUUUCAAGAUUCAAAUUUGUAAUACUCGAACAGGUGAACACGUGUGAAAAGGGUGUGAAAUCUACCAUUGUUUUUUAUGUUUCUUUAAGUUUUUCAUUCCGAACAAGAAUGAUAUAUCCAAUAAAAGUGUAAAAUCCCUUUCUUGUUUCCUUGAAGAAGUCAUAAAGUGCUUAAUCAUUAUGUAUUCUCUUUAUUCCAAAA